AUGACUUGGACUUGCAGAGUCAAUGCUCGAUCUCUGGCGCGAGGCUUUGCUUCGAGUGCAAGGACGCUAGCCGAGCCGGCAAUAACCGGAAGCUCACCAACUCCAUCAUCGCGUCCUCGAUCAAACCACCAGUCGCAGCGUUCCACCCAGUCCAACGGUGGCACGGCUUCAGACCGUAUUCGUGCUGGCCAACGUGACCGUAGCCUCUCACAGCAAGGCGGCCACACGGGCAACAGUAACAAGAACAACAACAGUCGCAGCAGCAACCGCAGCAGCAACAACAACAACAAUAGGAAUGCGGGCGGAGAUCGACGCCACAAGCGACUGCCCUCGGUCUUUGAUGCGGCUUCUGCAACUGCUCAAGCUCGCGCCAGUAGGCCUGCCAAUCAAAAGAGCCUGAUGCACGCCUCGCCAAAAAAGAUGCCGGCUCCUCUACCGAAGACCGAUUGGAACAGCCCGCUUUUCUCUAGACCUGGCUUUGAGCGAUUGCUUGCGUCCGCCCCACGUCCUUCUUCGGUCUUUGUGCCCAAUCUUGCGGCUGCCGCAUCAUCUGCACCGGCAUCGGCACCGGCAGCGGGAGGCAAGGGUAAGGGGAAAGGUGCUGCAGCUCCUGUCAAGGGCGCCAACACCAAACUCAACCUUCCCGGGAUCAAGUCUGCGAACAACGCGCUCAAGCUGCACAUUCUACCUGGCGGACGCAUGGUGCUCGGCCCGCUCAACGAGCCUACCGGCGUAGCAGCUGGUAUGCUGUCUCAGAGUCGCGUAGCGCUUGAGCGAUCGUCGGAUGUCAAGGCCACUGAUGACAAGUCGCUGGCAGAAGAGCUCAAGGCGGCCAGGAUCGCGCUUCAGAACGAGCAGAUAGGAGGCUCGUACGAGCGAUUCGAGCCACACGCUAUUCUCAAGUCGAUCGGCAUUCAGCCGAAUGCUCCGCUCGUAUCGGCCGACAGCAACCCACUUGUGGCUGCCGUGCAAGCGCUCGCACUCAAUGCCGAUCUCGCUCCUCAAGCCAAACGCUUCGUCGCCAAAACCAUCGCAGAUCGAAUUAGCUGCUGA